AUGAAGCCUGAACAUCACUACCCUGCCAUGGCCGAGAAAGGAAAGCGGAGUCCUAGAGGAGGACGCGCAGGCCGGCUGAGCCGACAGACCUACAAAAGUUCAGCCCAUUUCUGCAGCCUGUUGGACGGCCUGCUGGCUCUCAGAGAAAGUGGCAUCCUCUUUGAUGUCGAGCUGAUGGUGGAGGGUCGAGCCAUCAAAGCCCACCGUAUACUUCUGGCAGCGUCUUGCGAUUAUUUUAGGGGAAUGUUUGCUGGAGGCCUUCGCGAGACACAGCAAAAGGAGAUCCCAAUUCAUGGAGUAUCUUACAUGGCCAUGAAAAAAAUACUCGACUACAUCUACACUUCAGAGAUCGAGUUAGACCUGGAGUGUGUGCAGGACGUCCUGAUAGCCGCCACACUAGUACAACUUGAGAUUGUCAUCGAAUUUUGCUGUGAUUUCCUUUUCUCCUGGCUGGACGAGAGCAACAUUUUAGAGGUUCACAAUUUAGCUGAUCUCUACGGACUGCAACAACUUAAUGCCAAGAUCCACUCCUACAUCCUCAGGAACAUUCAGACUUUGUCUCGCUCCGAAGUGUAUCGAGAACUGCCCCAAGAUAAAGUAUUCAACGCGCUGUGCAGUGACGAGCUUCACGUAAACACCGAGAACGAGGUGUACGAGGCGGCUCUUCACUACCACUUCAGUCCGUUGCAGGUGGAAACUGACCAGGUGUACUUGCAGGUCAGUCCCAUGGACAACCUCAAGAUGCUUGAUGCUGUGCGCUUCUACCUAAUUGAGAAGCAAGUGUUGCAGAGGCUGCAUGGCAGACUGCAGCAGUGUCCACUCAAGGACUGUGUGUCCGCCGCACUGCAAUACCACGAGCAGGAGAUCUGGCAGCCCGUCCUGCAGAGUCCUCUCACCCAGCCACGGUCCACCUUCCACUGCAUAUUGGGCUUUGGGGGGAUGUUCAGCUCCAGCUCCCUCACAGAAAGCGAGCAUUUGUUUCAGGUGUUCCACCCCAGCUGGGGGGAGUGGAGGACUCUCACUGCAGCUCACGCCCCCCGAAUGUCCAACCAGGGCAUCGCUGUGCUCAACAACUUUGUGUAUCUGAUUGGAGGAGACAAGAACACCAGUGGAUUUCAUGCAGAGACCCGCUGCUGGAGAUACGACCCUCGUCACAACAGCUGGUGCUCCAUCCAGCCUCUGCAGCAGCAGCGGGCUGACCACUGUGUUUGUGUGAUGGGCGGCCAUAUUUAUGCCAUUGGAGGACGGGACUACAGCAAUGAACUGGAAUCAGUGGAGCGCUAUGAUCCACACUCCAACAUGUGGGAAUGGGUAUCACCCCUAAAGAGAGAGAUUUACGCCCAUGCUGGAGCGGUGUUGGGUGACAAAAUGUACAUAACUUGCGGGCGCAGAGGAAUGACGUACCUCCGAGAGACCUACUGCUUUGACCCUGUGGCCAAUCAUUGGACAGGAUGUGCUGAGGGGCCGGUGGAGCGAGCAUGGCAUGGCACGGCUGCGGUUAAUGGACGCAUUUAUGUUAUUGGUGGAAGCAACGAUGAGCGUGGAUAUCGCCGUGAUGUCCUGAAGGUGGCAUGCUUUAACCCCGAAGCCAGCUCUUGGUCUUUACUGACCCCUCUCCCCGCGGGACAUGGAGAACCCGGCAUAGCUGUUCUGGACAGUCGCAUCUACGUCCUGGGAGGACGCUCUCACGACAAAGGCAACAGGAUGAAAUACGUUCACGUGCUGAACACCGACACAGACGAGUGGGAGAACGAGACGGAGUUUAAGAAACGCGUCUCCGGCCUGGCGGCCUGCGUGACGCUCAUGCCCCCUGCUGUGAUCGCACAGGCCCGGAGCUGGGAGCAGCGCACCAAGGCUUCAUGGGAGGACUUGGACAACUCAGGGGACUCCAGUGAGGAUUGAAGCAGCUGUUGUGAACUGCGUGUCUUAGCACUGGAGAUGCCCACUGGAGUAACUGGAGGAUUGUUUUGUUUUUGUUUUUGCAGCAUCGCUUCCUUCUUGCACGUUGACCACUUUGAGUGCCUCGGAACCAAAGUGUCAUUCAGGACCUUUGCACACUUUUUGUUACUUUUCAAAUAUCUUCUUAAGUAAUUGUACUCCGCCUAUGAGUCUCUGCUAAAACGCUACUGUUUGUCGCUGAUCCCUUAGAGUCAUUAUUACCUGUCACAGUAGCUGCCUUGGCAUUGUUUAUCAUAGAGAGAAUUUCUUCCAUAUCUUCAAGUGACAGAAAGCAGUGAAGACUACUGGCUAUGCAAUAACACGGUAAUAUGGAGUGCUCUCUCUUCACUCUAGCAGCUACUGGUUGUUGCCAGGUACUCCAAUGGAGUUAUCUUCCCUUCCAAACUACUGAGUAAUCAUUAAGUUGUGACAUUUUAACAUUGUGCCUUUUUGUGUGAUUACAUCCUAAACUUUUGUUGUGAAGUGUAUGUUUACAUUUCAGGGUAUUCUGCGGGUGGAGCUGAGUCUUAGGUCUUGUGCCUCGCUCAGACAUCCCAAUUAGUUGAAUUUCUUUUCUUUUUUUAAAUGGAUUAUAAAUUGAACAAUGAGGCUCUGGUGCAUGUCUCAACAGACAGGAUUUUUUGACUUUUGUGGGAUGAAAAACCAAACCCUGUUAGUAUAUUUUGUUGUGUCCUUACAUUGAUAUUUACCGAAUAAGUCGUUCCAUAACUGAAUCCAAAGAGCACAAUGUUGAGUAGUUUUAAAGUAAUUCUCUUCUUUGCUCCGUGCUAUAGCUUGUUGCCUCAGUUUAUUCUUAAGCUGUUAAAUAGAAGCAUUCAAGAAGCUUGAUAACACCCGCUCCACUGUGUAUCCUUUUCCUUUUCAUCAUUGGAAAAAA